AGUUUGCUUAUCUUUACAUCCCAUCCCACCUCCUGCUUUUCUACCUCGUAUGUUUGUUCUCCCUCCCCGAGCAUCAAUAACCUUCACUUUCUCGCGUGGUAUGUGAUUGAGAAACUAUUUUCAAGGUCACAGUUGUACAAUAAUGAUAACGUUUUUUUUUGAGUUCUUCGAAAUUUGUGUUUACUAUCACUGGACUUGUCGCCGGAUGACGGGUUGAAUAUUUCUGUUUAUGGCGUGUUGAAUACUUCUUUUCGUGCAGUGUAUUUAGAUGCGAAGGAUCCAUAACCUAACCAAACCUCAAACCAUAGAAGUGGUAUAAUGACGCAGGAUCUUGCCUCUUCUCCUGGUACGCCGGCUUCCGAUGAGGAGUUUGCUGCCUACGUGGCGCAGGCGGAGCGUACCUUGCGCAGGGCACAAAGGCGAGACAGAACUCGGCAGGGCCGACUGCUAUCCGCACUAGUUGACGCUGGUUCGUUCUUUGGCGACGAAGAAGCGGUCCGCGAGGCUUCGACCGAAGAAGUGAAAGCGCCAGCGAGUCCGUUUUUAGGUGAAGACAAGGGCAGUGCCGCAGAAACGAGGAGAGCAGAGCAACGAAGUGAUAGCAAUUGGGAGAACGUGAUUGACGUCGAAGAUUUUCGUCUUGAAGAUGUGCACGACGGGCAAGAAGCAGGAAAUAACGACGCUUCUUCUAGCAGAUCUCGACCGCCUCGUGAUUUAAGUGCCCAAGAGCUGCAGCGAGCGUUGCAUUUUAUGCGUCUAGACGUGCCAGCUUCAAGUACGUCAUCCGGCGCGGUGACGCCCACAACAAUUCCGACGUCUUUAGGAGCAGGAAGGGCGAAUCAGGAUAUGAGCACGGCGGCAGCCUAUCGUGAUUAUAUCUCUCAAUUUUCAAAUAUCCCUUCGCUGUCGCUACCGGUACCAGUGUACUACGGAGAGCAGGGGGACGACAAAACUUCGUCCAAUGACCCGAAAACUCCCGAUUCUACUAUCGAAAGUCAAAGUCCUCCUAGUAAGAACAUGAAUGUGGCUCCUGAUGGUGGAGAUGCAUCUUCACCAGAGAACGAGAGUCCACGAGGUUCGAAGUCCAGUUCUGCUCCACAAGGUUCGAAGAAGCACCUCAACCAUUUGGCUUCGAAGAAGUCAGCUGGUACUAGUAACUCGGAAGGAGGAGAAGAAGAAGAGGAAUGGGAAGAGGAGGAAUGGGAAGAGGAGGAAUGGGAGGAGGAAGACGAGGAAGAUGUUGAGGACAUACACGCCGAGUCACUGCCUCAAGAAGAACAUCAAGAAAAUUCCACUCCUCCCACGUCAAAAGAGUCCGCUCCUGGCACCCCGAAACAGAAGCGCUCAGUCUCGGCUGGGGAGAAACAAGAGACGAGAAAGUCCUCGACGGGAAAACCUCGAUCCUCUUCGGCAGGGGACGAAGGCAGUACAACAAACCGAGGAGCCUCUGUUCGAGUCACCAAUGUGAAGCGGGGAAUCUCAGUUACAUCUUCUCUUAUAUCUGUUGCUGCUGGAAGCAGCACCGCGAAACGGGCUAGCAAUGUUAAGAAGAGCACCGUUAGCGGUAUGGCGAGAGCUUCUACUGGGAGCGGAAGCGACAGUCUCCAGCAAUCCGUGACCGGAGGUGCUAAAAAGAACACUGUAGUCGCAGCAGGCACCGCCACUAGGGGCUCUACAAUCAAGAAGACGAGCGCGGUCGUGGAUGCCCGGUCCAGCAAAGCAUCGGCUAGGAGUGUUCGGUCGUCAAGAGCCUCGAAGAAGAAGAGUGGUCGGCAGUCUACAUCGUCUACCAAGUCAGGAGCGCCACAAAGAUGGGCUAGUCUUACUGCAACAUCCGAACAUCGAGGUCCCGUGAUUAUGCGCGAAGCGACGCGCGCGACGACCGCUAUUUCGGACGAACUGGCGAUUCACGUCCCACCGAAAAUCAAAGUUGAGCUUUCGCGACUGCCACCGCAGUACGAACGCGCCGGCUGUCUCGGUGGGUCGCAUCUGCGGUCGGACAUUCACAUGUCCGGGUUAACGGGGAUCCACCACCACCAUCCGGGUUUCGUCGCGGUCGAGAUGCAUCACCAGGAGAACCUCAGUUCUGGCGCCAAAAAGCAAGGGGACAUGCCCCAGCAUUUGGUGAACGAGGCCAAGCAGGCACAUGUACGAGGGGAGCAUAUUUUCGAUCACAUGGAUCACCAUUUUCACUUGCAGCACUUCAACCACAUGGCCAUGGCUUCGUUCCAAGAUCACUGUCGGUCCAAGAUGUGGCUAAGGGGACGCGUGGUCCAUCCUGUCGCGAUUUUCAGACACAUUUGCUUCGACUUGGCUGAUCGGCAUCGUGACCGCACCUCCGAAAGACUGCACUUCGACGUGAUCCGCGUCGCGCCUGCCGCCGUAGGCCAAGCGGCUUUCAAGGAGUUCUGUGUCCGACACGCCAUUCACCAGGCGCCGUUCGCGCACAGGCACAUCUGGGACGCGUACACGGCGACGUCGUCCUUAGAGCAUACUCGGAGAGUGCACGCGGAGAACCGGCAUGACACGGUGAGACAGCUCACGCGAAAAGGCCCGGGCCUCCCUUGUGCGCUCACGCGCGACCAGGCGGAACGACUGGCCGACGCGUCCUCUGAGUGGGCGGACAAGUACCCCCACUACAUGAGCGUCUUCUUGGGUCUCUACCAAGCGGCACAGCGUGUCACCUCGGUCUCACCCAAAGUGACGCUGCAGGAGUUUUGUCCAGUGAGUGCGCGUAAACUUUUCAGCUUUCGCAACUUCCUAGUGGCCGCCUUCGGAUCGGUCUAUGAAUUCUGGCUCACGGUGUACGAGGAAGCCAUCGCAGUCGCCAGAGAACGCAGCAAAAGUGAUCCGGUGGUCUACGACACGAAGACCGUUCCGAAAAAGGCCUUCUUGCUGGCUCUUGAGAUUUUGGCCUAUGGCGCCGAAAAUGACAGCAAUUUAGCAGGAAUCGCCGCCAGCUUAGUAGAAGUGUCAAACCAAAACACAAAUGUAAAUGGUGCUGCUCGUGGGGGCGGCGAAGAUCAGAUGGAGGGGACGAGCAAAAUAACAGAUGCUGGUGAUGGAGGCGAAAAAAAGGGUCCUCGUCAGUUGGCGCGCGUGAACGUGAACAACAGGCAACGCCGCGAUCACAUUGCUGCUGCCCACGAAGCCGAUGCGUUGGCGGAGCACCUGUUUGAUUUGCUCGCACUGGAGCAAACUUCCUACACUGGGUUCAACCAGUUUCCGGUGCUGCAGGCUGCGGACUUUCUUUGGCUGGAGAUCUGCUUCCAGCAGAGUCGUGUGGGUGGUGUGAUGUUGGUUUUCCGCAUGCUCGAGCGCGCCCUCGCGUCCGUGCUCAAAGACGGGGACCUCUCUGCCGCGCGCAUGAUGCUGGAGAAGGCGUCCGCGGAGCGCCUCCUCCACCUCUUGUGCGAGGAACUGGGCGCGAACCCGAAGAUCUCGGUGCGAACGGGCGACUUCGCCAAGAAGGGUGCCUUCAACCACAACACCGAUGCCGACCGCCACAACUGGGCUGGCUUGGCCAGCGGGUCCUUCGCUCAUUCUCACGUCGACUGGGCGAGCGAGGACGAGAUGGAAGUGCGGAACAACAAGAAAAACAAGCAGAUGAAUAUACACGCCGCCAGGCGUCCGCCAGCUACAUUUCACACUGCGCGCGGAGACACAGCGGAGGUGCGCAAGGCCCCGAAACACCAGAAAUUUCUCGCGGAGCGGCUGCGAUUGUACGCCACGCGGCGUCUCGCCUGCGGCAGCGGCGCCACCACAGUCUACGCCCCCGAGGGCAUUUGGACGGGCGAUCAGCAGAACGAUCGGCUACUAGAAGAUGGCGAUACAGCAGCGGCACUUGCAGCCACACAAGCCGCUGGCGCUGCUCCCGUAGGAGAAGGUCUUAAAGGAGAACAAAGCAACGAAAACGAUGUAGGCCUCUCUGGUCAACAAAGCAAUGGCGUUCCAACAUGCGCAAUGUCGAAAAACAAGGCUCAAAGUUCGCAGGACCGGGAGAUUGGUGGCGAAAAAGAAGCGGAUAUCUUAGAUGGCGCGGCAACCGACCCGGACGGUUGGUUUCGAGUUACUCUGCGGGACCGCCUUUCCCGUUGGUACGAUGAGGAGCGCGAAAAGAAUCGUCACGUACGUAAACACGAUAACAAGAACGAAAAGCACAACGACAUCUUCCUGUCGCAUCACGAGAAAGGCAAGUUCGGCUUCACGGCGAAAGCGCAGAUGAUGCGGCAACACGCGCAGCAGCGACUCUCCAAGGUCGAGGCGGAAAAACGUGUCCAGCUAGCUACACUCCGGAAAAAUACCCUCGCAGAAUUCCGGGUCUACCUCAUUAAGACGUUUCUCACGGAAUGCGGACUCAAAAUUUGGCGCGAGCACUUGGAUACGGAUAACGUUGGGUACUUUUCACUGCUUUUAAACUAGCCUCCACAAGCUUCGCCCGGCUUCAAGUUAGUUAAGCACUUUUCUGCAGCCUCCCACGGGCUACAGCCGCUAGAGUAGAGACAGCCCGCGGGUGAGCUGUUGCACCCUACGAAUUAACUACGACAAGAGCCGAGCGCCGACGGUGGCCGACUCAGGUCGAUGCGUCGACUCAUGUGCAGGGCAUUGCGCUGCCUUCGGUUUUUUUAUGAGAUUGCCGGGGGGGUCAUGCAAAUUCUUAAGAAUUUGCAAGACCCCCACGGCAGUCCAACGAAAAAACCAGAAGAGGGCCACCAGACACGCACAAGAAUCCGCAAGCCCCAACGCACGCAAACGCCUCGCGGUGGCGCCAGGCAAGAACGGGCGGCGGCUUUAGCGGGCCAAACAAGACAAAGCAUAAGCAACGCAGGGCCGCGCUGCUCGGGUCUCUCUACGCGCUUACACCUGGCGGGGCUUCUUUGUUUCGUCAGAUGUCUCUCGUCAGAAACAGACGGGCGCACUUCGCGGGGGCGUGGGGCGUCGCGCUUCGGGUUGUGGCUGAAGCCUCUUGACUGGCUGACGUCUUUCGCCAGGAUGGAGACUGAGGCCUUCCAUCAGACUGAUGCCGUUCGUCAGACCAACGCGCUGCGCCAGGCUGGCGGCCUUCGUCGGACGACAGGCCGGCGCCCUUCGGCGGACGUCGUGGGCCAGGCUGAGGCCCUUCGUCAGGGUCGGGCGACGUCUCUCGUCAGGCUGACGCUUUUCGUCAGACUGAAGCGCCUCGCUUUGCUGACAUUCCUCGCCGGGCCAAGACUCACGCCUUUGGUCAGGUUGAUGGCUUGCUUCAGCAUGGCGCCGCUGGUUCGUCAGGCUGAUGCACUGACCAGCCAGGUGACGCCCCUCGCCAGACCGGCGCACUGCUUCGCCAGGCGUCUGCCUUGCGUCGGAAGCGGAACAAGCUGCGUGGGGCCUUUCUUCGGGCUGCGGAUGUCUUUCCUUCGUGAGAUUGAUUCUGCCCCUUCGUCGGACUGACGUUUUUCGCCAGACUGACCGCGUUCGUCGGACUGGCGUCCUUCGUCAAAGGUCUUCGCUAUCUUCGUCGAGGUAGGGCUUCUCGCCACAGGUCGGGCGGCAGUUUUUCUGGCAGAGGUCGUUCGUCAGAUGUCUGCCGUCGCGGGUCUCUUGUCUUGUCGGAGGUCUUUGGUCCAGCGGUCGCCCAAAGGUCGCCGUUGGUCCAACGGUCGCCUUUGGUCCAAGGGUCGCCUUUUGUCCAAAGGUCGUCGCACUUUGGUCCAGCGGUCGUCUUACUUUGGUCCAAAGGUCGCCUUACUUUGCUCCAGCGGUCGCCUUACUUUGGUCCAGCGGUCGGCUUACUUUGGGCCAGAGGUCGCCUUAAAAGGUCGCCUGUGGAGUGGUCUGCAGGUCGUCUGUGGUCCAGCGGUUGCCUCUGGUCUGAGGGUCGUCUUUGGUCCAAAGGUCGGCUUUGGUCCAGAGGUCUGCCGUGGUCCAAAGGUCGUCUGUGGUCCAAAGGUCGUCUUUGGUCCAAAGGUCGCCCUUGGUCCACAGGUCGUGUCUGGUCCAAAAAACGCCUCUGGUCCAAAGAUCGUCUUUGGUCCACAGGUCGCCUUUGGUCCACAGGUCGUCUCUGGUCCAAGGAUCGCCUUCGGUCCAAAGAUCGUCUUACUUUGGUCCAAAGGUCGCCUUAUUUUGGUCCAAAUGUCGCCUCACUUUGGUCCAGAGGUCGCCUUACUUUGGUCCAGAGGUCGCCUACUUUGGUCCAGAGGUCGCCUUACUUUGGUCCAGAGGUCGCCUUACUUUGGUCCAGAGGUCGCUCUACUUGUCGUCGUACUUUGGUCCAAAGGUCGCCUUACUUUGGUCCAAAGGUCGCCUUACUUUGGUCCAGCGGUCGUCUGGUGUGGUCCAAAGGUCGCCUGUGGUCCAAAGGUCGCCGGUGGAUGUGGUCCAAAGGUUAAGGUCGCCGGUGGUCCAAAGGUUGCCUUUGGUCCAAAGGUCGCCAUGGGUCCAGCAAUAGCAAAGGUCGUCUUGGGUCCAAAGGUCGUCUUGGGUCCAGGGGUCGUCUGGUCCAAAGGUCGCCUUUGGUCCAGAGAUCGCCGCUGGUCCAACGAUCGUCUUUGGUCCCAAGAUCGUCUCUGGUAGCUAGGUCCAACGAUCGCCUUUGGUUCAAAGAUCGGACCAAAGAUCGCCUUCAGUCUGAAGGUCGCCUUCGGUCCAAAGAUCGCCAUAGGUCCAUAGGUCUGGGGUCCAGGUGUCUUUGGUCGAAGGUCUUUCUUCGGCUGUUUCUCUUGGGACUUCUCUCGCCAGCUUGCGCCCCUACCCCCGUCGGGCAUUUUUCUGGCUUCUUUUCUGGUAGUCUGCCACGGGGCCGAAAGGUGAACUCCAACAAGAAAACGGCCGGAGACUAUCGGGCUUAGGAGUGAGGGGAAAGGGCAGGAGGCUAUGGGCAAUACCUUCGCGGCAGGAGGCGACUAAUCUCCGGUGGGUUAGGCGGGGAGUUUUAUGGCGGCGGAGAUUAAUAAUAUAGAUUAAUAAUAUAGAUUAAUAAUAUAGAUUAAUAAUAUAGAUUAAUAAUAUAGAUUAAUAAUAUAGAUUAAUAAUAUAGAUUAAUCAUAUAGCUUAAUCAUAUAGCUUAAUCAUAUAGAUUAAUCAUAUAGAUUAAUCAUAUAGAUUAAUCAUAUAGAUUUCUUUUUUGUUAUGUUUUUUAUCUAUCAACUUAUAAGAAUUUUGUUUAAAGUCGUGGAUCUUCUAUGCCAGUAAAUGCCAGUAAAUGCCAGUAAGAUGUAUGUACCCCUAGAAUGGGUUUACUACUACUACUACUAGUUGAGGUGCUUAGGACGCAAUGAGGAUGACAUCGCUCCGUCCGGCCGGCGGAAUGGUUAAGUACUUACAACGCCCAUUAGGGACGCAAUGGAAUGGAGAAAUUCACUAGUUAUUGGAUAUUGAUAGAUUGAGAUUCAGCGACUUCUACCUACCUAGCUCGAAUAUUUCGUUUUCGUAACUGAUCCUACGGACACACUGGAAUACCACUAAGAGCAUCUACAACCACCUGACUUCUACUUCAGGCACAUUACCGGCACCCAGUUGCUGCACGCCGUUCGUGGUUGGCGUGGAAACACGAGAGCCUUGCGGGAUCAGCUUUCCAUGAACGGAAAGCACUGGAUCACAGCCUACGAUCUGUUCCCGAAGCAAGUCAGGAAGCUGAAGAGACUGCGGGAUAGCCUGCAAUCGAUGGCUCCGAACCUAAUGGAGCUAUACAUGCAGAUGGACUGGCAGAACGCGGAAAAGAGAGGUACUACUCUCAGUACAGAUGAUUUACGCUAAUGUCCACUACCUUGGACACUAUGAUGAUGAUGAUGCUGCUCUUCUUCAUCCCAAUUUAUUACAAUUGUUCGCGAUGCAACAGCUUUUGGACCUCGUCCUCCAUAGAAAUGAAAAAGUAUUCUUCCACGCAACACUAUUGCUCUUCUUCCACUUAUCUAGGUUUUGUAUCGUUGGAGGCGUGGAUGCGAUUUGGAUGCCGUUGGCUUGACAUUGACAACGAAGAUUUGCACGAGUGCUUCUCCCAGCUGGCGUACUCGAGGACACGAAUGCGCUUCGCGGACGUCCACUACCUCUUCUUCGGUAAGUGGACAACGGGUUUGUAGAAAUUUAUCUUGAAUAAAUGUCAACAACAAGAUCGACUGCAAUUAUUGUAUUAGAUGAAAAUUGGUAGUAAAAUAAAAAAAAAGAGAUGGAAUCGCGAUUCAAUAGUUCAAAGGUCUUGUUGAUACUAUAGUGCAUAUAAGUAAGAUCAUUUUUGCAACGCAGACGGUUAUCAAAAGGGUGUCGAUUUUCGCGUGAAUACUUAAUGCACAUAGGCUACUGCUCGAGGCUAUUGUAUAGAAAUGUUGGUGACCACAUCAAAUAUUCCGGCUGAAACUGCGAAUUGCUGUAUAGAAUGGCUGACUAGAGAUUCAUUUAUGGAACUUGUCCUGCAGUUCAAGAUGGUUGUAACCGAAAAACUCAUACAUGUACUUUGAAUCUGAAUCAACAACUAAUCUUGGAUAUACUUGACAUACAACUUGCAAACGACAUUCUUGAGAACUUGUUUUUUGAAUCGAAAUCGCGCUUCGAAGUCUACUAAAGAUGGAUGUUGAG